UUCCACCAACCAUUUCUAAAUUUGAAAUUUUGUUCGUCGCAAAUUAAGGCGGAAGAAUUCGCAGGUGCACUUAGUUAUAAGACGGUUAUACACGUUGCUAAUAAAAAUUAGUACAAUGGCGACGGCAAUGGAAGUUAGUACAGGUCUUUGAACGGGGAGGGUUGGUACAUCGUGCCCUUCCCAAGUGUUUCCAGAGAGUGUGCUUACGCUUAGGACUACAACUAAUACAAUCAAGAUACUUUUGUAGAUUUUCUAGUGACCAUUCUAUUUUCAACGCAGAAGGAACCCGGUGAAUGACUGAUAGUUAGGUAAUAUUUGGAUCUACGCAUUUCAUCAUAAGCUGAAACACGCAUUUAGUGAAUUUCACAAACUUUGCAACACUAUUCCAAAUCCAGAUUUUGAUGAGCACACUCUCUUAUUCAGAACUGUUGGAAACACGUGGAAAAUCGUUGACUUUUUAGCGCGGUUUUGUGUGAAGGUGCACACGAGGAAAUUUGCGUUUUGUUUUGAACUUCUUUGAAGUCGAGACAAAAACUAUUUUGUUUUUAUACACUGCCAGUAAGCAAAACUGUGAUAUUAAUCUGCUUUGUUAUAUUAAUUUGAAACGAUUGUUGAAAGCUGAACUUGAUCUCGUUUAUAAUUUGUGCGAUUAUUUGAUUUGCAUUGUUCUUUGUUUCAUUUCUGGAGGGAAAAAGAAAGUGAAACUACAAACACUGGACAAAGGAAAUAUUCCGAUUCCACAUCAAAGUUGAGAGGAUAAUCAUCUCGGCUUAAAACAAAUUAGUUUAUUAUAUUAAUGAGCGUAACACGUUCCAGGCCCAGACUUCAAAUUCCGAGUCAUGGGCCAAGGAAGAAAACAGACCAUUUUGACAUUGGCUCAUUUAACUUAGUUCCUGGAAAUCUCAGUCCAGAUUUACAACCUUCGUCACCUCAGCCAAAGUUCCCAGAGAAAUACUCUCCUCAGAAUGUUUCCAAGAUUGGAAGAUACCUUUUAUUGGGACAGAUUGAAGGCGAUGCAUACAAAGCUGUGAAUUGGCAGAACAAUGAAGAAUAUAUCUGCAAGGUAUUCCCAAUUACUCGAUAUAGAGAAAUCUUGGCAGCAUAUUGGCAAGUGGAUUGCCAUGAGAAUCUUAGCAGCAUAUCCGAGAUUAUUCUUGGAGAAACCAAAGCAUAUGUUAUAUUCGAAAAACACUAUGGUGAUCUUCAUUCCUACGUACGCCAGAGAAAACGGCUGAAGGAGGAGGAAGCCCAUCGACUGUUUGAACAAAUUGUUUCCGCUGUGGAAUAUUGUCACAGUAAUGGAAUAGUGCUACGAGAUCUCAAACUUCGGAAGUUUGUCUUCAAAAACCCUGAACGGUCUGAAUUGAGACUUGAUGGGCUAGAAGAUGCACGGGUGUUAGAAGAUGAAACAAAUGACCGUUUGGCAGACAAACACGGAUGUCCUGCAUACGUUAGUCCAGAAAUUCUUCAUUCUAACGAAACAUACUCAGGUCGAGCAGCUGAUAUCUGGAGCUUGGGAGUCAUGCUCUACACGAUGCUAGUCGGACGUUACCCAUUUCACGAUUCUGAUCCGAGCACACUAUUUAGUAAAAUCCGUAAAGGCCAGUACAGUAUUCCUCCGAUGUUGUCGGUGAAGGCUAAAUGUCUUAUAAAAAGUCUGUUGCGUCGAGAUCCAGACGAUAGACUGACUGCCGGAGAUGCUCUCCAACACCCAUGGAUUAAUGGGAAACAGUCACCUGGUUUUAUGACAAUCUUGGAUCACAAACAUAGUGACCAAACUGUUCCAAGCGUGGUAUUUAAUGGAGAAGAAGAAGAGUUCUUUCUCUGAACAAUAUUGUCGUUAGCAUUCAGUUGAAUUUCAAGCGCCAGUGUUAUUUUGUUUAUUUAUUUGGAGUGACUUUUAUUCAAGUAUAGACAUCUCUGUCGAAAAAAGACAGCUACGGGUAGAAAUGAUUAUUAAGAACGAACUUUGAAUGGUUGUUAACUGACAUUCUGUCCAUGUUUUAAUGGCAGCUUUAUAAUUGAAGAAAAAAACUAUAUAAAUUAAUUUAAUAGCAAAAGUUAUUUUGACAGUGCAAUGCUGGCAUGCUGAGCACAGCCCUGCACUUUAAUACGUUGUUUUUAUUACACUUUGUUUGAAUUAACUGUGAUAAGCAUAUGUUAAUUGGUCAGUGAAUCCAUACAGUAGGUGGCUGGUUAGAAAAAAGUUAGAGAAUGAAAAUUGGUGUGGUGAUUUUUUUCACAGUCAAGUUAGACCAAGUGUAAUUUAAAAGCAAUAGGAAUUUUCAAAGAAGUAUGUGUUAUGGAAGAGUAUUUUUUUUAAAAACAUUUUACGUGCGAAUGGUGCCAUCUUCGUAAUCAUUCAUCCAAAAUCCAUCCAAUUCCCAUCGUUUACAUGUUUUCAUAGUGUAUGCUCAAUCCAGAGUGAUAGAUCUACAUUUUAGUGUGUUUGUUCUCAUUGUAUGUGUAGUGGUGAUUAUUUAGAUUUGUGUGUGUGCGUGUGUUUAUGAACUUAAAAAGUUUUUAUUUAUUGAAUAUUCCAGUUUCUAUUUCUAAUCAUAAUCAAUUUGUAUGUGCUUUACAGAAAAUAAUUUAAAUUGACAGGGUACAUACAUUUCAUGAUGCAAGUGUAACUAUUUGAAUUCGAUCAAACUUAAAAAAGAAUUCCUAACUCUGAAGUUCAGAAACAAAGAUCUUAGUGUAUUUAUGAUUGAAAGAUUGAAAUAUAAUUUUUUUGUGUGUGUCAAAGAUGAGCUUUUUCAUUGCUGGCUAUUCUUCCAUGAAGAUUAUAUUUCAAGUGUGCAAUUGAUUAGUAAAUGUGACUAAAUGAACUGUCCAUCACACAGGAGUGACUGUUUAUUGGUUUUGUAUUAUGAUAUUCAUACAAUAUUAAUUUAUACUUGUGUUGAUGUUAUUGUUACUAGAAAUGUUAUAAAAGGAACAUCCAUGUCUAUUUCACAUAGAUUAUUGGAGUUUCUAAUAAAAUACACAAAACAAGA